AUGCCAAAGACUCCAUCUAUUGCUGGAAUCAGAGCUCAUUACAACUUGCCAACUUUAUUUUCUGCCACUGAUAAGACGUUUCAUAGACAACGCAAACGUAUCUUAUCACCAGCUUUCUCUAUAAAAUAUGUGGCGUCACUUGAGCCAUUAAUUCAAUCUUGCGUAAAAUCAUUAAUCAAAAAAAUAGAUUCUCUUUCAAAUCUUUCGUCAAAAUCUUUGCACUCAUUAAACGCGACAUCUAUUCAAUUCAAUAAAGAUAAUAUACCAUCAAUAAACCUUUUUCAAUUGAUACAAUUUUGUACUUUGGAUAUAAUUGGUGAAACGGCUUUUGGUGGAUCUUUUAAUAUGGUUGAGAAAGAAUGCCAUCCAUUACCUAUUAAAAUAUCUGAAGAGAUGAAAAGAAGAGUCUUGUGCUAUACUUUUCCUUAUUUCAAAAUGUUUUUUAAAAAAGAUCCUUGGUGUGAUGAGUUUGUAUCAAAUAUUAUAAAAAAUCGAAUUGAACAAAACUCAAAGACAUCUGAACGACGUACUGAUAUUUUACAAAUUCUGCUUAAUAAUCAUAAUCCAUUGAAGCAAUCCUCACCAACAACACCCGUUGACAUAUCUGAUGGUAAAACUAUGAGUGACUUUGAGAUACAAGAUCAAAUGAUAGAAUUUUUAAUAGGAGGUAGUGAUUCAAGUGCAUUCACUAUCAUUAUGGCAAUUAUUUUGUUACUCAAUCAUCCUGAAAAAUUGAAAAAUUUAAGAAUCGAAUUGAAAUCCGCGUUUUCUAAUUUACAAUCAAUUGAAGAUGAGGAUAACCUAGUUUUACCAACCCAUGAAACUUUAAAAUCUCUUAGAUAUUUAAAUGCUAUAAUUGAUGAAACAUUACGACUAUUUCCUAUAGCAUUGGGUGGUAUAAUGCGACAAACAACUAAUGAUACCAUAAUUUCCAAUCAUUUAAUUCCUAAAGAUACCAUAGUUACCGCCUCAAUUUGGAAACUUCAUAGAUCCAAACAAAUUUGGGGUCAAGAUGUUGAUGAAUUUAUACCUGAGCGAUGGUUUGAUUUAAAUCCGAAAAUAAGAAAUGAUGCUUAUUAUCCUUUUGGUAGUGGUUCUAGGUUAUGUGUAGGAAUUAAUUUUGCCUUGAUGGAAAUAAGAAUUAUUCUAAGUGCGUUAUUUAUAAAUUAUGAUUUUGUUGCCAAGGAAGAUGACGAUUUACAAAUCGUUCAGUUUAUUACUCCGUCUUUAAGAAGUAAAAAAUUUGAAGUAAAGGCUAUCCGUUUGCGUGAAGGUAAAAAUUUAAAUCACGCUUGA